AUGGCAUCAAGACAACAAAAUAGAGAAGAAGAAGAAGAGGUUGAUGUUGAAAAUCAACAAGAAGAGGAAGAAGAAGAAGAGGAUACAUAUUUACCAUUAUCAAAAUUAGAAGGUCAAUCGGGUAUCCAAGCAGCAGAUAUUAAAAAAUUACAAGAGCAAGGUUUAAAUACAGUUCAAGCUGUUGCUUUUUCAACAAAGAAAACAUUAUGUUCAAUUAAAGGUAUCUCUGAACAAAAAGCAGAGAAAUUAUUAGCAGAAGCAAAGAAAUUAGUGCCAAUGGGUUUCACCACUGCCGCAGAUUUCAACAAACAAAGAUCAGAAAUUAUCCAAAUUACAACUGGUUCAAAAGAAUUUGAUAAAUUAUUAGAUGGCGGUAUUGAAACUGGUAGUAUUACAGAAAUUUUUGGUGAACCAAUUGGUGGUCAUAUUAUGGCACACGCUUCGACUACUCGUUUAUCACUUCGUAAAGGUAAAGGUGAAAUGAGAAUUGCCAAAGUUUAUGAUUCGCCUUGUUUAGCAGAGUCAGAGUGUCCAUUCGGUAUUUACGGCGAUGGUAUUUCAGAUUAUAAAGAACAAUAA